CUCUCUCUCAUGUCCCUCUCUUGCUCUCCUUCUUCCACCUGGUUUCACCACCCAAAAACCACCAUCCCCAUUCCCAGAAACAAGGAGCAGAGAGAUAAAAAAAGGAUAUCAAGGAAAGGAACAAGAAGAAGAAGGAAACAAAGGGGGUGUCAAUUUUCGUCCUGCAGCAAGACAGCCUGUGAGAAGGACGAUUUCGGACACUCGAGCCGCUGGAUCGUGCUGAGAUUUGUAGGUUGUGUUAUAUACUUUUUUUUCUACGAUUGGACCGUUGGGAUCAUCGUUAUGAUCUCUGGUUCAUUGAAGAAUGCCGCUGGACAGAAAGGGUGCGACACUGUUUACCUGUAGCAGGACAACAUAUUAGAGGUAAGGAGCAAGCUGAGGGCUCAUCCAAAGGCAAGGGCAUAGCCGACUGUAGACAAAAUUGUAACUGGAGUACCGCCGGAAAAAACCCAGUCUGGUACGAACAGGAGUGCACAAGGCACGAAACAGGAG